GCGUUCGUGAAUCAGAGCGCCUAUAAAACUACCGUUCCCAGAAUGCUUUGUGCAUUUCCUGCUCCAUUGCAAGAUGGCCGCUUUUAGCAAAAUUGGUGCGUAUCUGAAAAAUGCCUGGGCCAAGGAACCUGUUAUUGUGGCCUCUUUUGCCAUUGCCAUCCUAGCUGUGACAGUACCCUGGGUCAGCCCGCUGACUAAAUAUACCACCAUGAUCAACCAAGCUACACCAUACACAUAUCCAGUACCAGUUCGGGAUGAUGGCAACAUGCCCGAUAUUCCCUCCCACCCAUGUGACAAGGAAGGCCCAAGCCUUGAGUGGCUGAAGAACUUCUGAGACCUUGCAAAAGGCAUACUGAGCUACAACUAAAGGGUCCACCAACCCACUGGCACCACACCACUACCUGUUGUUUUCUUGUAGAUGUGUAACAUACCCAGAGUGUAAUAAAACUGCUGUGAAUUAAA